AUGUUGGGGGGAGGGGACAGGACCGGGAAGUCGCCUAGCUCGUGCCUCUGCACGUGGCUCCAUGGGGGAUGGCAAACGCUGCCAGGGAGGCAGUCCAGGGUGCCAGCGGGGGCACAACCGCUAAGUUGGCCAGUGGCUCUGACCAACCACACUCAAGACCCAGGAGACCCUUCUCGACCUCUCCUCCAUCGUUUGUUUCCCAGAGGCACCUGGAAAAUGUCUUGGACCCCCCCCUCCCCGAGGCUUCACUGUAACCAGAUCCCAAACUUCCCAAGUUCUACGGAACCUCUCCAGCGUCUCACUGCAAGCUGCUUCGUUUUCCUAAGGAUAGCCCUCGGCACAGCAAGAAGGCGCUGCGGCCAAGGCAAAAACUCUUCUAGCCCCUUCUCAGAGGAGAGGACUGCUGAGCGCGGGAGGCCGCCGUCGGGGCUCGGGACACAAUACCGCCGACGGUCUGCAGCGGCGAAGGAGAAGGACACCCCAACUCCACGGCCGGGACUCUGGCUGGGCACCUCGGGAAAGGGCUCCAGACCGAGACCCCAUGGAGUCCGGCCCAGGAGGCGGGAAGAUCGCCUUGGCCGUGCGCAAUCCGCAGCCCACUCUCCGGCUGCGCCACCACCACGUGUUAACCGCCUCUUGGCUCGAAUCGACUUGCGAUCGGGCCGGCGGGACCCCAGCCCGCAGACCCGCCGUACCUGUGCGCGCCGCCGCACGGCGGGGCAGCUGUCAGUCAAAGCAACACGAGAAACGCGAACCGUCGGCGCCGCAGCCCUUUCGGCCUUGCUCGGACGCCGUAGCGCCGGGAUGUACCACCACGGCGGGAGGGGGUAG